AUGUCCGACUUCCCCUCCACGGAGAACGGCAAGAUCUCGUUCAAGGGUCGCGUCGUCGUGGUCACCGGUGCCGGUAACGGUCUUGGUAAAGCAUACGCGCUCUUUUUUGCUUCGCGCGGCGCAAAGAUUCUCGUAAACGAUCUCGGCCCUUCCGCCCAAGACAAGAACAAGAAGGCUGCCGAUGUUGUGGUCGAGGAAAUCACCAAGGCCGGCGGCGAGGCCAUCGCCAACUACAACUCGAACACCGAGGGUGACAAGAUCAUCCAGCAGGUGAUCGACAAGUGGGGCCGCGUUGAUGUUGUCAUCAACAACGCAGGUAUCCUUCGUGACAAAUCCUUCAAGGCCAUGACUGACAAGGAAUGGGACCAGAUCAUCGCUGUUCACAUUACCGGCUCGUACGCCUGUGCCAAGGCUGCAUGGCCCCACAUGCGCAAGCAAAAGUUCGGCCGCAUCAUCAACACCUCGUCCGCUGCCGGUAUCUAUGGCAACUUCGGUCAGGCCAACUAUGCGGCCGCCAAGCAUGCCAUGAUCGGUUUCGGUAAGACACUCGCCAUCGAGGGUGCCAAGUACAACAUUCUUUCCAACAUUCUCGCCCCUGUCGCCGCCAGUCAGCUGACUGCGACCGUCAUGCCCCCCGAGAUGCUCGAGAACCUGACGCCCGACUAUGUCGUCCCUAUCGUUGCCUAUCUCGUCUCUGCAGAGAACAAGGAGGUCUCUGGCCAGGUCUUCGAGUGCGGUGCCGGCUUCUUCGCGCAGGUGCGUCGCGAGCGCAGCCGUGGUGUGGUCUUCAAGACUGACGACUCGUUCACCCCUGCUGCUGUUCGUGCCAGGAUCGACGAGAUUCUGGACUACGACGAGAAGCCGGAAUACCCCUUCCGCAUCACGGAUGCCAACCACAUGGAGUUCCUCGAGCGUGCCAAGGAGGCCAAGACCAACGACCAGGGUGAAGGUCCCGUGCGCUUUGAAAACAAGACGGUGCUCGUGACCGGUGCCGGUGCUGGUCUCGGUCGUGCCUACGCUCUCAUGUUUGGCAAGCUGGGAGCCAACGUGGUGGUCAACGACUUCCUCGAGAAGAACGCCAACGCUGUGGUCGACGAGAUCAAGAAGGCGGGCGGCAAGGCUGCGCCUGCUGUCGGUUCGGUCGAGGACGGCGACAAGAUUGUCAAGGCGGCUACCGACGCUUUCGGCUCGCUGCACGUCGUCAUCAACAACGCCGGUAUCCUGCGCGACAAGUCGUUCGCUGCCAUGUCGGACCAGGAGUGGCACGCCGUUCUCAACACGCACUUGCGCGGUACCUACAGCAUCUGCCACGCUGCCUGGCCCAUCUUCCAGCAGCAAAAGUACGGUCGUAUCGUCAACACCACCUCGGCUGUCGGUAUCUACGGCAAUUUUGGUCAGGCCAACUACUCGACUGCCAAAGCGGGCAUCAUUGGCUUCACCAACACGCUCGGUAUCGAGGGGAAGAAGUACAACAUCUUGGCAAACACGAUCGCUCCGAACGCUGGUACCGCCAUGACGGCCACCAUCUGGCCUCAGGAGAUGGUGGAUGCCUUCAAGCCCGAAUAUGUCGCUCCCAUGGUCGGUUACCUGGCGAGCGAGGCCAACGAGGACCUCACCUCGAGCCUGUUUGAGGUCUCGGGUGGUUGGGUCGCAGCUGUGCGCUGGCAGCGUGCCGGUGGCCACGCCUUCAGCCACGGCAAGCCUCCCACGCCAGAAAAGAUUGUCAAGAAGUGGAGCAAGAUUGCCGACUUUGAGACCAACCCAUCGUGGCCCACAAGUCCAAGCGACUCGCUCGGCGACAUUGUCUCGAACUUUGGCCAGUCAGAGGAUGACGAUGACGACGAGGAUGACGCGGCUGGUGGCGACUACAGCGACCCUGAAGACCCCGAGAUUGUGCAACAGGCCAAGAAGGACCCCAUCGACGAUUCGGAGUUCUCGUACGGCGAGCGCGAUGUGAUCCUGUACAAUCUGGGCGUGGGUGCUACCGAGAAGGACCUCGACUUGGUGUUUGAGCAGGAUGAUGACUUCAAGGCGGUGCCCACUUUUGGCGUGAUUCCUCAGUUCAUGGCGAGCGGAGGUAUCCCUCUGGACUGGCUGCCCAACUUCAGCCCGAUGAUGCUUCUGCACGGUGAGCAGUACCUUGCCAUCAAGAAAUCCAUCCCUACGAGCGCUACGCUGGUCAACAAGCCCAAAUUGAUGGAGGUGCUGGACAAGGGCAAGGCUGCUGCAGUUACCUCGGUCGUUCACACCCACGACAAGGAGAGCGGCGACCUGGUGUUUGAGAGCCAGAGCACCGUCUUCAUUCGUGGCUCGGGAGGCUUCGGGGGCAAAAAGACGGGCAAGGACCGUGGUGCUGCGUCGGCGGCCAACAAACCACCGUCGCGCAAGCCGGACAAAGUGGUGACGGAAAAGACGACGCUUAGCCAGGCGGCGCUGUACCGUCUUUCAGGCGACUACAACCCGCUACACAUUGACCCCAGCUUUGCUCAGGUUGGUGGCUUCGAGAAACCCAUCCUGCACGGACUGUGCUCGUUUGGUAUCUCGGGCAAGCACGUGUUCCGCGAGUUUGGCGCGUACAAGGACAUCAAGGUGCGCUUCACAGGCCAUGUGUUCCCCGGCGAGACGCUGGAGACGAGCAUGUGGAAGGAGGGCAACAAGGUCAUCUUUACCACUCGUGUCGUUGAGCGCGACACGCAGGCGCUCGGUGCUGCUGCCGUCACGCUUGCCGACGAGUAA